AUGCGGGUCAACCAGGUGGUGCUCGAGGCCAAGAGCGGGAGUGUCCUGGACAAGGCCUUCUUGCUGGGUGCUCUGGCGCUGCACCACGAGAUCACGGCUGUCGCGGCGCCCGGAGGCAACUUCACCUCUUUGUGCGUUCAGAUGCCGAGCGAUGGCCAGCCCUGCUUCAUCAGGUCGGUGCUCGGCGUCUGGGACUACGACGCGAGCGCCCUGAGCGCGGACGCCGACCCGCUCGCCACGCUCAACUCGGACGGCCAAUCGCAAGACGACCUCCAGAGCCUGCUGGGCGGGCUGACGUUCUCGGGCACGGACGUGCAGAGCGCACAGGCCAUGAUGAUGACCUACUUCAUGGAGAACGGCCGCGAGGAGGGCGAGUCCGGUUACACCGAUCCGGUCGCCGAGGAAUGGGAGUCGGAGCUGCUGACCCUUCUCGGCUGCGACGCCCCGAUCUGCGACGACGACGACAACUGCGCCUGCAGCUACGACUCCGCCCACUUCAGGGUCUUCGCUCGGGCCGAGCGCUCCUUGGGCGACGCCUUCGGAGACGUGAUCCGCGGCGACGUGGGGCUUAUCAACGGCGCUUUCAUGCUCAUGAUCAUCUACCUUGUCCUGAACCUGGGUGGCCUCUGCCACAAGAUCGAGUCCCGUGCGCUCCUGGCCGUCGGCUGCACGCUCUCCAUUGUCCUGGCGGGAGCCGCGGGCUAUGGCCUGGCCGCGUGGAUGCAGUUCCCCUACACGCCGGCGCACGGCAUCCUGCCCUUCGUGAUCCUGGGCAUCGGGGUUGACGACUCCUUUGUGAUCAUGAACGCGUUCGACCGCACGAGCCCUGCGCUCCCGGUGUCCGAGCGCAUCGCCAAGGCGAUCUCCCACGCUGGGGUCUCGAUCAUGGUGACGUCCCUGACGGACUUCGUGGCCUUCGCCAUCUCCGUCUCCUCUGCCCUGCCCGCCCUGUCCUCCUUCUGCAUGUACGCCGCGCUUGCCGUGCUCAUGCUGUUCCUGCUGCAGAUCUUCUUCUUCGCGGCCCUGGCCACGUUCGACGCCCGCCGCGUGGCUGCCGGGAGGAUCGACUGCUGCCCGUGCAUCGGCCCCAGGGGCUGCCCCUGCUGCCCCACGACGCCAGCGGAGCUUGCCGCGGCGGCCAUCGAGAAGGGCGGGAAGGACCCCAACCAGAUGCUCUGCUCGCCGCCGCAGCACAAGGGCGGCCGCAUCGGCCAGUUCCUGCAGCGUGCCUCCGCGCCCAUGCUGGCGAGCCCGGCAGUCAUCGCCGUCGUGAUCGUGCUCUUCUCCGGCCUCUGCGGGGUCUGCGCGUGGCAGGCCUCUGAGCUCGCCGUGCAGGACACGCAGCGCAAUUUCAUCCCCGACGACUCGUACGCCGCCAGCUUCCUCAACAAGGCCGACGUCUACUUCAGCGGCAAUGGCCAGUCGGUGGACAUUGUCACGCUGGGCGGGGACUACUACGCGGCCCAAGCGGGGCUCACCAGCAUCUCCAGCAAGCUCAGCGCCCUGGACUUCGUCAAGCCCGCCACAGAGGCGUCGUUCCGCUCCUGGGCGGAUGCGUUCAAGGCCGCCUGCCUGGCCGGCUCGGCCGCCCAGGCCGUGGACAGCGGCGGCCUGGUGACCAGCGAGACCGAGUACUACAGCUCCCUGGCCGCGUGGCUCCAGGGCGCGGGGGCCCGCUACAGCGGCGACGUCGUCUGGGUGGACGAGGCCGACCCGGCGCAGGGCAUCAAGGCCUCCCGGUUCAGCGCCGAGCUCGAGGCUAUGAACCGUGUGGUGGCUGGGCGCCUCGUCGUGGACGCGGAUCGCGCCAUCGAGGUGAUGGACGAGCUGCGAGAGACGUGCGAGAGCUGGAACGACCUCCCGGGGGGGAGCGCCAUGCCGUACUCGUAUAACUUUCUGAGCUGGGAGACGUUCCGCAUCAUCAAGAAGGAGUUGUUCCAGAGCGUCGGCUUGUGCCUGGCCGCAGUCUUCGUCAUCGCGCUGGUGCUGCUUGCCCAUCCGCUCACGGCCCUACUGGUCUUCCUGGUCGUGGUCAUGACCGUGGUGGACAUCCUGGGGUGCAUGAACAUGUGGGGCCUCGCGAUCGACAACGUCUCCGUGAUUCAGCUCGUCAUCUCAGUCGGCCUGUGCAUCGACUACGCCGCACACGUGGGCCACAAUUUCAUGCUGCACCAGGGUACGCGCUCGCAGCGUGUGGUCGCGACGCUGGGCGAUGUCGGCUCCGCGGUAUUGUGCGGGGGGAUCUCGACGUUCCUCGGCGUGCUGCUCCUGUCGCUGUCGAAGAGCUACGUCUUCCGCGUGCUCUUCCAGACCUUCUUCCUGACGGUGAUCCUCGGCCUCGCGCACGGCCUGAUCUUGCUCCCGGCGCUCCUCGCCGCAUUCGGCCCCGAUCCAUACCAGGGGUCGACCACGGCGGUCGAGGACCUCGCCGCGUCGAAGGCCUCCGACAAGGAGCCGGCCGCAGACAACGCGGAACCGACGGCCUCCGACAAGGUGCCGACUGGAGAGCAGCCCGCCCCAGAGGUGCUUGGUGCCUGA